GUGAGCCGGCUGGCCGGGGGCUUAAAUCCCCCGGAGCCCAUCCCUCCACUCGCAGGGGAAGAUCUCCUCAGCCGAGCAGGAAACAAAGAGGGCUCUAACUUUUCACCUAGUGGAGCUGGCCCUGCCCCCGGGGCCCAGGACACCAGCCCGGGAGGGCAGCCCGGUGCAGAGAGGGAGCUGUCCACCCGUGCAUCGAUCAGCUCUGCAGACGGCAGCUGGCCGCGGGAGGCGGGCUCGGUGGGCCCGGGAGCAGAGGGGGGCCAACGUCACGUGCCCCCCCCCCCCCCCCGCGGCUCAGGCCGAGGGAGGCCGCAGUCUCUGCAGCUCGGCCGCCGCCACCUUGUCCCCAGUGUCCUUGGCCGACCCACUGGGGGGGGCAUGGUGCCUCCCAGCGGGGGACACAGGUGAGCCGUGACCGCUGAGGACUCCUCGGAGGAGGUGUCCAGGCCCCGGGAGGUGGGGCAGCCAGCGGACUCCUUUCCAGGUGCGUUUCCCGCCCAGCAUCCCUUCAUCCCGGCUCCAGCAUCCACGCUCUCCCUCUAACUCGUGCCCUAGACCCUGAGCCCCGCCAUGGCCCGAGGAGACGCCCCGGAGGAUGGCUACCACCUAGUCGGGACCAGCUUCUUUAUCCUCGGCUUGGGGACCCUGCUGCCCUGGAACUUCUUCAUCACCGCCAUUCCAUACUUUCAGGCUCGGCUGGCCAUCGUCAACAUCACAGGAGAGCCCUCUGGAGCCAACAUCACAAGCCCUGGAGAUGCCUUCAACUUCAACAACUGGAUGACUCUCCUGUCCCAGCUCCCUCUCCUGCUCUUCACCCUCCUCAACUCUUUCCUUUACCAGUGCAUCCCAGAUAUGGUGCGCAUUCUGGGCAGCCUCCUGGGCAUCCUUCUGCUCUUCAUCCUGACCGCCACCCUGGUCAAAGUGGACAUGAGCCCCGGCCUCUUCUUCUCUAUCACCAUGGCCUCCAUCUGGUUCAUCAACUCUUUCUGCGCCGUGCUCCAGGGCAGCCUGUUUGGGCAGCUGGGGGCCAUGCCCCCCGCCUACAGCACCCUCUUCCUCAGCGGCCAAGGCUUGGCGGGGACCUUUGCUGCUCUUGCCAUGCUGAUGUCCAUGGCCAGUGGAGUGGAUGCCCAGACCUCUGCCCUGGGCUACUUCAUCACCCCGUGCGUGGGAAUCCUGGGCUCGAUCGUCUGCUACCUGUCCCUGUCGCAUUUGGAGUUUGCCCGAUACUACCUGGACAAGAAGGCGCCCCACCCGCAGGCGUCCGAGCUGGAGACCCGGGCCGAGCUGCUCCAGGCGGAUGAGAAGAAUGGCUUUCCUGGGAGUCCCCAAAAGGCAAUGCUCGCCCUGGAGAUGGAGCCGGAGAAAGCGCCUCAGCCCGGGAAGCCUUCCAUCUUGGUUGUCCUCAGAAAGAUCUGGCUGAUGGCUCUGUGCAUCGUCCUGGUCUUCACGGUCACCCUGUCUGUCUUCCCGGCCAUUACCGCCAUGGUGACGAGCUCCAGAGGCCCCGGAAAGUGGAGCCAGUUCUUUAACCCCAUCUGCUGUUUCCUGCUCUUCAACACCAUGGACUGGUUGGGGAGAAGUAUGACUUCCUACUUCCUGUGGCCCGAUCGGGACGGCCGCCUGCUGCCGCUGCUGGCCUGCCUCCGUUUCCUGUUUGUUCCCCUCUUCAUGCUGUGUCACGUGCCCGAGCGGGCCCACCUGCCCGUGCUCUUCCCGCAGGACGCCUGCUUCAUCACCUUCAUGCUGCUGUUUGCCCUCUCCAAUGGCUACCUGGUGUCUCUCACCAUGUGCUUAGCUCCCAGGCGGGUCCUGCCCCAUGAGAGUGAGGUGGCUGGAGCUCUCAUGACCUUCUUCCUGGCCCUCGGCCUCUCCUGUGGGGCCUCCCUCUCUUUCCUCUUCAAAUCCCUAUUGUGAGGCGCUCCGUUUCCUCCCUGCUUCUACGGGGCCGGAGCCUUCCCGGGACUGGGGCUUGGGGGAGGAAGGAGCGGAGAGCCUGGAGCAGGUCCUAGACGGGUGACGGAGGAGCAAGAAGCCGGGGUGACAGAGGCAAAGAGAUCUCCACGACUGCGCUGCUCACCUGGAGGAUUCCUAGCCAGGAGCUGCUCCCAGCAGCCGCUUCCCUCUCCACGUGGCAGACUUUUAACCGAUUGUGGUAAAGGGGGUAAAAGGCCCCCAGCUUUUCCUGGUCCCGAGACAGUCCUCCAGGAGCUCUUAAAGGGGGCUAUUUGGCCACCUGGCUGGGGUGGUAUAAGUGCUGACCUGCCUGGACGCAGGGGGAUGGACCUGAUGACCCUUGGUGGCUUUAGGUUUCUGUAGUUUGCAGAACCCCUUUGGGAACCUACUCUGGGAAUUUCUUUGGAGAUCUUUAUUUUGGGAUCAGCCUGUAACGUGAACCUGUGGGGGAAACAAUGCCCCGUUUUGCCCUGAUUCCCUAACUUGCCUGCAAAAGUAUUACUGGUGGGGUCUUUGCCAAAGGUGGACUGAGCUUCUGCUGUUGUAAGUAGCCGAGUUAAUGACUGGGGUGGCCGCCGCUCCUGACUUGGAGCUCAGAGAGUGAGUCCCCGUUUCAGGGCUCCAGGGCUCGUCCUGGGAAGCCCUCUUUGCUCCAUUACUCUGGCCAUUGGAUAGAGAAGGUCUGGGAUAGAAAAAGCAGGGGGAGGUCAGAGGAACUCAGCCAAUCAGUAAGCAUUAAGGGCCUCCUAUGUGCCAGGCUCCGUGUUGGGUCCAGACCUGUCCUCAAGGAGUUUCCUUCUAUAAUGAAAGAUAAGCACAAACUGGGGACAAAGUGUUAGAGACUGGUAGGGAUGGGGCCUUGCCAGUGACUCAGGGGAAAAGCAGCCACGAUUCUGCCCAGAAGCCCUAUCUCCCGUCCGUACUAGGAGCUAGCACCCUGGGUCCCUUGUUCCUGCUGUUGCCAAGAUGCUUCCUCCCCGAUCCUGGGUCAGGACCAGUCUGGAGCCCAGAGUUCCUGCCUCCUGCUUGGUGCUGUCACACCUCCCAGAACCCGUUUCCUUUUUUCUGUAGGUGGCAUCUUACCUCUGCCAGGCUGUGCCCCAGGUACUCAGCCUCUAAGCAGGAUGCCAUUACAUUUCCUCUUCUGUUCUGUUCUCUUACAUUUACACAGAGGAUUGGUGCCUUCUAUCUUCAAGGUACUUCCGCCACCACCUCAGAACCCUCUCUCACGACACACAGCGUCACAAUGAACACUUCCUGGGUGAGGCAGGCAUUGUCCCCAUUUGAAUGGGCAUCUGAGAAAAAUGGGGAGUCCCCGUCCUUCCAGAGCAGAAUUCCAUUCACUUAGCAAACAUUUAUCAAGCGCCUAGUAUAUGCAUGAGGGAGACACAAAGUGAAAACAGGCCCUGUAUUUGGGGGUUUUAUAGUCUGGUUGGGGGAAUUAAGACGCAAGCACAGAUAAUCAAUAUGCAUUUAUUAAGUGCCUACUAUGUGCUAGGCACUGUGCCAAGGGCUGACAAUUAUUAUGAAAAAUUAAAAUGAGAGUCUCUUCCUGUCUGCUGGAGGAGACAGCAUGUUCACAGAUAGAGAAUAUUUGCAGGACAAAGAUAGCGCUGGGGAGGGGCUUUAACUGUUUUAUUAAGUGUAUCAGGGAGGGACAAAGUGUUAGCUGACCUGGGGGGCUAGGGAUCUGGAAGGCAUCCCAGACAGGCAAACCAGGAGAGAAGGACUCGAGGCAUGGGAUAACAGGGCAGCAGGAAUGAUAGCACCGGGGCAUGAGAACUUAUGACUGGCACAUAGUAGGUGCUUCAAAUGAGUUUAUUGAUUGAUUCUACCCGAGGGAUGAGGAGCAGACCAGUGUGUGGAGACCAAAUCAACUAGCAUUUAUGUAUUAAGCACCUACUAUGUGCCACACCAUGGGCCAGACAAAUGGGAAAAGAAGUCCCUGCUCUCAAGGAGCUUACAGUGAAUGAGAAGAAAGAUACACCAACAGCUAGGUGCAGACAACAGGAUCCAUUGGAGAUCAGCAAGAGAGGGAAGGCUCUGGGCCUCAGUUUACCCACAUAAUGAAAAAAAGGUAGCUAAGUUCAGUGGUUUCCAUGGCGCCACGUGACUGAGGCAUCUGUGCCCCAGGCUAAGCCUCCCCCCUUUCUCCCCCCAGGGAGCCCCAGGCCAGCCACCCCAGCACUUGUGGAUGGGAAUGAUGGUGUUGGAAAUAAAUGAUUGACUUUUUA